CCUCGGCCGAGCUGCGUGGCCAUGGACGUGGGCGCCGACGAGUUCGAGCAGAGUCUGCCCCUGCUGCAGGAGCUCGUCCUGGGCGCAGACUUCGUGGGUCUGGACAUAGAGUUCACAGGCCUUCGCUCUAACCUGUCCCGCCGCCAGCAGAUCAGCCUUUUUGACUUGCCCUCCGAGUGGUAUCUGAAGACCCGCCACAGUGUUCAGCAGUUCACCAUCUGUCAGAUUGGAUUGUCGGUGUUUUCCAGUAUUGAAGGAGAGUCCAACAAGUAUGUAGCCCAUUCCUGUAACUUCUUUCUCUUCCCGACGACAUUUGGGAUCUUGGAUUCAGAAUUCUCUUUCCAGGCUUCUAGUGUUCAGUUUUUGAAUCAGUAUGGCUUCGACUACAACAAGUUUCUCAAAAAUGGGAUCCCAUAUAUGAAUGAGGAGCAGGAGAAGAAAAUUAAACACAACAUCCUGACUGGGAACUGGAGAGUUCGCAGUUCUCUGGAUAAAGACCAGAUCAAGGUGGUGAUCGAUGAGGUGACACGGUGGCUGGACCUGGCAGAGGAGGGCGACUGGAUGACUCUCCCUGGUAUCGCUGGUUUCCAGGCCUUUGAGGUCCAGCUGGUGCUGAGGCAAGCCCUCCCUGACAUCUGGACGGUCCUGAGAGAUCAGGGGAUAAUAGUGAAAAAAGUGAGUAAACAACAUCGCUGGUAUCUUGAAAACACCUCCUGUGAUCGAGCCAGCUGUUGGAAGGAGAAGAUUCUUCUCUCCGCCAGGGGUUUUUCGGUCUUUUUCCAGAUGCUGGUGAAAGCCCAGAAGCCCUUAGUGGGCCACAAUAUGAUGAUGGACCUGCUGCAUCUGCACGAGAAGUUCUUCCGGCCACUCCCAGAAAGCUAUGAUCAAUUUAAGCUGAAUAUCCACAACCUGUUCCCUGUUCUCAUUGACACCAAGAACGUGACCAAGGAUAUCUGGAAGGAACUGAAUUUCCCAAGGGUUUCAAAUCUUUCAGAAGUUUAUGAAGUCCUAAACAGUGACUUGAAUCCUACCAAAAAUUCCGGGCCAGUGGUCAUUCACGCAAGCAAGUGUGAAAAAUACGUUGAGACCAAGUACCCUCACGAGGCCGCGUAUGAUGCCUUCCUCUGUGGAUCAGUUCUUCUGAAAGUGGCACACUUGCUCCUGUGGAGAGUACACGGUGCCGGCCCCCUGCCUGAGCCCUCCUUCUCUCUGUACCUUGACGUGCUCGCUCCCUAUGUGAACCAGGUGAAUCUUAUCCGAGCCGGGGUCCCUAAGAUUAAUUUCUCGGGUCCAGAUUGCCCCAGUAUCCGACCUCCCAUCCUCCUCCUCCGUGUCCGGAGGUGGCCUGGGGUCAGCGAGCAGCAAGUCUAUCGUGAGUUUCAGAAUCUCUGCAAGUUCGAUGUGCGGCGACUCUCGCGGAGCCAGUUCCUGCUCUUGACCAAUAAGUUUAAGGAUGCCCGGAGCAUCCUGAAGGAGUACAGGGGCCACCCCACCCUGCAGGUGUCCCUGUACCGGUACUGGAGGCACUCCCCGAACAUCAACUGCCUGUUACAGGUCUGUGGCGUGGUCAUCACCUGGGCCCUCCUGGCGCUUCUCCUUGGAAGACCUGGCCCCUGAGUGCAGCCGGCAGCCUCUGUCCUAUCUCUGCACCUCCCUGGGACAGGCAUCCGUUUGGGUUUUUUGUGGGUUUUGUUUGUGUAAAUCAUAUUUUACUUGCAGACCAAUCUCUGCGGUCCUUAUGAGGAACUUUGUUUUGAAGGUGAAAUUCUGUAAUGAUUAUCAACGAUAAAGAAAUCCUUAG